AUGAUCUCCUCGGUCUUAAUGCUCAUCGGCGCCGUUGCCGCAUGGGUGCUGUACAGGACCGCCUCCGGUCUCUACACGAAUAUCGCGCUUGCGAAAGCCAGCGGACUACGCUACUUCGUUGUUCCUGUGAACCCUAUAACUCCGAUUGCUCAGCUUACGGCGCCUGUCUGGAUUGCUAUAUGGAAACUAGUAGUGCCCAAGAAGUACUGGGAAGAUGUCGUCGACGUGUGCUCACCCGAUUGGCAACACAAGAAGCUCCAUGCGCCGUUUGAAAAGAUGGGGGAAACUUUCGUAAUCGCGACACCCAGCCGCAUGAUGAUGUACACCGACAGUGCCGAAGUCAUUCAUCAGAUGACCUCCCGACGCGAAGCCUUCCCGAAACCUACCGAGACGUACGGCAUUCUUACCAUGUUUGGAGAAAACGUCGUCACCACCGAGGGGACUAUAUGGCGCAUGCACCGCAAAGUCACGUCUGCUUCGUUCAACGAGAGGAAUUCGGCUAUGGUGUUCAAGGUGGCAAUCGAACAAGCGCAAGGCAUGGUCGAUUACUGGAUACGCCGCGAUACGACCCAGAAGAUCAAAUCGAUGGAGGAAGAUACCAUGACACUUGCUCUGAACAUUAUUGGGUACGUCGGGUUCGGCUUGCGAAUGCUCUGGCCUGGCCAGACUUUGCCGGGGGACGCGGAUCCCAAGAUGAGCAAGUAUGUGAGCCUCGACGUUCCGGCCGGACACACAAUAAGCUUCAAGGAGUCGAUCGCCAGAACGUUGAAGUACCUUUUGGUGCUACUGAUGACACCUACCUUGAUCAUAGACUACCUCCCAAUCAAAAUCUUGAAGUUGUCAAGGGAGGCCCGAGAUAACUACACGCAGUAUAUGAAAGAGUUUCUGCGGGACAAGGCAGAGGACGUCCGUCAAGGUGACAAGGAGGUAGGUAUGGACAUCAUGGGCUCGCUUGUCGCGACAUCAUAUCAGGACGAGCAAUCCAAAACCAAGGUUGGCAAGGGCGCCCAUCUCAAAGACUCUGAGAUCAUCGGCAACGCCUUCAUCAUGUUCCUUGCCGGGCACGAGACGAGCGCCAACGUCAUUCAUUUCACCCUUCUCGAGCUGGCGAACAACCCAGCUGCGCAACGUCGGUUGCAGAAGGACGUUGACACGAUAUUGGGUGGCACUGAUCCCAGUACGUGGGACUAUGAUCAGAGCGUCAACGCGAUGAUGGCCUCAACGAUCGGAGCUGCUAUGAACGAGACUUUGCGGGUGAUGCCGCCAGUGGUCGAAGUCCCGAAGAAGGUGUCGCCAACUUAUGACCAGACCGUCACGAUAAAUGACCAGAAGCACACCCUACCACGGAAUAUGUACAUCGGGAUGAUCGUAUCUUCAGUGCACAGGAACCCGCGGUUCUGGCCCGGAAAGCCCAGCAAGAUUCGGGACUGCCCCCACGACCUGGACGAUUGGGUACCGGACCGCUGGUUCAGACCCAGCUUUAACGACGUCACAUCCGUGGAGGGUGCCGACACGGAAGAUUUUGGAGGCUACGCGGGCCCGGACACCAGCGCGUCCAUGUUCCAUCCCGUACGAGGGUCGUACAUCCCCUUUUCGGACGGGGCGCGGUCGUGCCUGGGGCGGCGGAUCGCGCAGGUGGAGAUCAUCGCGGCGCUGGCCGUCAUAUUCCAGAAGUACAGCAUCGAGAACGCGGUCGACGACUGGGCGAGCGACGAGGAGAUCGCGCGCAUGAGCCGGCAGGAGAAGGCCGAUUUGUACCAGAGGGCGACGCGGAGGUCGAGGCAGACGCUGCGCGAGGCUUCCAGUCUGAUCACACUGAAGCUGAAAGGCGAUGCUCAUGUGCCGGUGCGGCUGGUCAGGCGGGGCGAGGAGAGGUUUGUGGACUGGGUAGAGUAG